AUGAAGAAGAACUUUUUAGCCAUCCUACUGCUCCUGGCGACGGCGCUGGCCAGACGAUCGUCGGCGGAAGUGACCGGAGGACCCCCGAAGGGCUACCCCAUCAAUCGCGGGAGGCCAAUCGCGUUUGGGGCGGCGGAGCACGUCGUGACGUCGCACUCGUUCGAUACGAAGAACCCGGAUCCGUGGGCCAGUAAGCAGUACAAGGAGGUCACCAUCACGCACAACGUGCCGGUGCCGUAUCCGGUGAAGGUCGAGCGCCACGUGGCCGUCCCGGUGCGGAUCCCGCUGCCGAUCGCCGUCCAGAGCAAGGUUCCGAUCGUCGUCGAGCGGAAGGUGCCGGUGUACGUGGACAAACCGAUCCCAGUGCAAGUGGACCGUCCGGUGCCGUACGCGUUGCCGGUCGAGAUUCCCGUUUUCCACCGGGUGGCCGUCGAAGUGCCGAAACCGUAUCCGGUGCACGUGCCCCAACCGUACCCGGUUUACAUUAAGAAGCCGAUUUUCGUGAAGCAAAGAGGAUCGUCCGUGGGCAGCAACCCGAAACCUGCAGCCCAUCGGAGCCGGGUCCGGAAGAGUCCCCCGACCAGGGUGUCGAUAACCAAGGUGACGCAAGCGUAA